AUGGCUCUUUCUUUCACUAGAUUUUCAUGGUGGUUAUUGGGAGGUAAAGAGAAAGAGCAAGUCUCAAAUGGUUCAUCGAUGAAUCCAAUAAAUUCUUUGGGUGAUUGGGGUCUGAGAGGAGAAUCUGAAAGUUUGAAAUUUUAUUCAGUGAAGGGGGCUAGUAGAAGAAUGCCCUCUUCGAGUUCGACUAGAAAAGUGAAAAGGAAAUGGAAAAGUAGGGAGGAGAGGAGGAUUGAAAAGGAGUAUGAUGUGGUUUUGGUUCCAUCAGAUGGGGUUUGUUUGUCUGCUUCAGACUCCGAUGAUUCGGACUGGUCCAUUGGUUGGCUUGAACCGCACGCUCCCGAUUUCCUCGGCGAUGUUGAUGCCGAUGACAGUUUUGCUGUGUUGGUCCCCUGCUAUAGGCAUGAUUGCAAGGAAUUAGAGAAGCAGGAAGUGGAGGUGCCUAAUCAGCAGUUCUUUAGUGCCAUGAAGAACCUCCCAUAUGAGUACUCUGCUGAAGGCAAAAAGUAUAUGGAACAAUGGCUUUCGUCUCUCCAAAAUAUGUGA